UUUUGUGUUGCACCUUCAGUUGCUCAUUUCUCGUGCGGCAGUUAAGAACCUCCAAAACUUGCUUGGUGGUUUGCAAGGCCCAAAUACGAAAGGAAAGCAGAUCGGCUAAUGUGUGCAGAAAUUGUGACUGAUCUCCACAGAUCGGACAAGAAUUCUUGGCAUCACUGACGUUCUUCGUGGCACCUAAUCAAAAAUCAAAAUGUAUUCCUAUUUUAUCGUAUUGGCAAUUCUGGUGGUGGAGCUCACCCAUUCACAGAUCUCUGGCUUUCAACAUGGCUCGACCAGCUCAUCCACACCACAGCUCCCCUGUAUCAGAAAGUAUAACCAGCUCUAUUGCGACCAAGGCGGCUUCAACUACCCCAUGUCGAGGAUCGAGAACUUCAUAGAUGAGAACAAGAGCCUCAUUAAACGGAUGUAUGGAACACUGGUCCAGGAACAGGUUCCACAGAGUGUGCCUAAAACCCCGGCUUCCACCACUUUUGUACGCAGCGUCCGGCAAUUUGGGCGGUUUAAGAGAUCCACUGAAGAAGGCUUUUUGGAGGACUUCCUGUUCGAGGAUGAGUUUUACAACGACCUAGAUGCUAAUUUCACCGCCCUGGAAGACAAAGUCAAGGAGUACGAAUACUCGCUCCAUUUUGGUCGCACCAAACGUCAAGCUGGAUUUCCCGGAGCAGACUCCACGGGGGAAGAUAAGAAUCGGGCUGACGCUUGUGAGUCCAAAACCGAGGUGUCCACGCCAUAUUGGGCCACCAACAGCAAUGGGGAUGUUCGGGCCAUCGUGAACACCAAGACAUUUUCGCAAGCUGUUCAUCAAGAGAUUUGCACAUCAUCCCGGACAAUUCGUUGUGCCGGCGAUUGCCAAUGUGAGCAGAAGUACAAGUGGCAUCGCCUCCUGGCUUACGAUCCUAAUGACGAUUGUUCAGGCAUUUUCAUGGAUUGGUUCCUCUUCCCAUCGUGUUGUGCUUGUCGGUGCCUUCGAAAUCCUCUCACGGGAGGCCUUCGAUCUUAAGUGGACAAUGCAUAUUAACAAUAAAACCGUUUGCAUUAAUACACACGAAAAAACAGUGCUUCCGAGGAGCAAUCACUUAAAAUGUGUCUAAAGUGUACAUACCAUGAUGGGAAGAUAACCACGAAGUCCUCCUCGGAAUUAUAAUGUUUAGGGCAUCUAAUAAAGAAACACGAUCUCAACACCUCUCGUAAGAGAAUUUGCCAAAACAAUAAAUUAUAUUUACCGAA